AUGGCUGAUGUCCGGCAAGCUGUUGAGUCCAAGCAGGAUGGUUCGAAGUUCUGGCGGAAUCGUGAAAACUUCGAGGGGAGGGCGCAGAAAGCUUUGGAGCGGUUGAAGAAAGACCUCUUGGGGGACUGGUCUGCAUUGUUGCUGUUGGGGGGAGGCCCUUGUGUAUCUCCUGGAGUCUAUCUGGAAUCCCACGACAACUUGCCUGACGAUCUUGCGAGCCGGAAAAGAAUCCAAUCGCUUCGUGCUGUAGUGGAGCUCGACGCUGCCAAUGAGAGGUCUCCGGUGUCUGCGGUCGGCCCCCGAGUAUCGCCACUAUAUCUGUUUCUCGCACCGUGUUUAAUGAACCUCCCGAUAGAGUUCAUGCUCACAGGGGAGCAUUCAAUAGUGAGAGGUGGCUCCAUCAACCUAUUGCUGCCUGAUGGAGCCGCUUCGGCUGUUGGUAAGGGCGGGUAUUACGUUAUCGACCCGAGUGGGGAUCUCACUGAAUCGAACAAGAAGCUCGAACCACUGUUAGCUGGCGAGUUCUGGGAAGGUCGAUCCGGCGUUGAUCCCCCGGUUGAAGAAGUAGUGGGAGCACUGGCGAGCCGGCGAGUCUUCCUCUAUGUUGGUCAUAGUGGUGGUGGACAGUACUGGUCCACUAGCGGCAUGGAAAAACGAGUUCUACGAGCCGACGCCCUGCUCAUGGGUUGUGCCUCUCUUCGCUCAUCAGGAACUGAAGGAGUCCGUAGCAGGUUCGAGCCCAUACCGCCUGCUUAUCACUACUUGGUUGGUGGAAGCACCCGUGUUGUCGGCACGCUAUGGGAAGUCCUCGGUCGUGAAUGUGACCUGUUCUGCAUUGAAUUGUUGCGGACGUGGUGUGUUACUCCUAAAGUUCGAGAUGACGAUGAUUGUGAAUCGGCCGACUUGCCGACAUCGACAAGGCUAGCCAGGAGUAAGGUUAAGCUGGAGCUGCUCUCCGGUGGAGCUUUCGUGUGCUAUGCAAGCCGUAUCAUCUGA